AAUACAAAAUAAUCAUUAAUAAGAAUCCAUAAAUUCUUCCUUUAAAUCAUCUAAAAUUUGGUGCAAUUUCAACCCCACAAAACCAACUUUGAAUGUGAAGCUUCCUUCUUUAAUCCCUACCAUAUAUAUAAAUGGUUUCCUUGGGCAAAGCUCCGUAGGGAAAAAAGAAAGAAAGAAAAAUGUCAGCUGCUGUAGGAAUUUUCUCAGCAUCCAAACAAGAUGGUUUGAAGAAAAAUGAAAGAAACAAUAACGAAGAGGCGAGAGAAGAGAAGAAGAAGAACAACAACAAGUUUGUUGAUGAUAAUGAAGCAAAGAACAAUAAUGUUGAUGAUGAGAAUGAGGUUGAUGAAGAAGAUGAUGAUCCCAAGCUGAAACCCGAGAAGGAGUUGGAUCUUGGCCCUCCUCUUUCACUCAAAGAGCAGCUUGAAAAGGACAAGGAUGAUGAAAGUCUGAGGAGAUGGAAAGAACAGCUUCUUGGGAGCGUUGAUAUGUCUGCUCUUGGAGAGAUGGAGGCGGCAGAAGUGAAGAUAGAAAGGCUGUCAAUCGUAUGUCGGGGCCGACCAGAUAUUGUUUUGCCCAUUCCAUUUGUUUCAAACCCUAAAAGCAGCUUGUUUAUACUAAAGGAAGGAAGUCGUUAUCGUCUCAAAUUCUCCUUCACUGUAUCCCACAACGUUGUCUCUGGUCUUAACUACACUAACACUGUCUGGAAAUCCGGUGUUAGAGAGAAAACAAAAGUGAUGUUGGGAACAUUUAGCCCUCGAAAAGAUCCUUACACUUAUGAAUUGGAAGAAGAAACCACCCCUUCUGGUUUGUUUGCUAGAGGCUCCUACUCUGCAACUACCAAGUUUGUAGAUGAUGAUGGCAAAGCUUAUUUGGAUAUGAAUUACCACUUUGAAAUCAAGAAGAACUGGCCAUCAAACAACUCUUGAAUUUUUACCCUUUUUUUUAUAUUUUGGGUUUUUUUUCUUUUUUCUUUUAUGUGUUUUCUCUUCUUACAAAAUUUAUUGUAUCUG